AUGCUGACAAAGAAAAAGCCGAGUGCUGACUUUGUGGAGACGCUGCACGAGGCUGCCAAAGCGGGUGAGAACACUAUACAGAGUAAGCUUGAAGCAAAUGUGGAAAGGGAACUCCAUCGAACGACUAGUCCCCAUCAGCUUUAUCGGUUUCAAAAUCCAGAAAACUUUAGCUAUGAUCUAACUCGAACGAAACUACCAGCAUCAAAAAGAGUACAGAAAAAGAAAGAUGGAAAUACGAAGGUGGAAUCGCCUAAUGAUUUUUUCGCCCAGCAAGAAGAACCACAUGUUGAUUCUCUAGCCAAAGCAUUGACUUUGUGGGAUUCACAAAUGGAAGAGAAAGAUAGUGAUAUUUUGAGAAUGAUUCAAAAAGCUAUUAGACCUCCUACUAAAAAAUCUAUCACUCACGUAGCCCCUAAUGAUGCAAAUGCUAUUCGUUAUCUAAAGACAGAUGAAGAUUGUAUUGCAUUUUUUGCUGCUCAUGGUUCUGGUAGUCAAGUUAAGUAUGUUUACCUUACUCGUGCCCCUCAGUUACUUGAAUUCAGACCAUAUGACUUAUGUGUGAGUUCCGUAAAGAGUGGAGUGAAAGAAAAGGAACAUUACAUAAUGAGUGCAACAGGAGUUGUUCAUGUUAGACCUGGUCAACCUUCUGAAGUUGUAAGUUUGGCAGAGUGGAUGCGAGAGUCAUCCUUGUUUGAUGUACUCCGAAAAAUUCAUUUUUUUAAGACGUAUCUCGUCUACAAAGCGUUUUUUAGAUGGUACAAAAAUCUUCGAGCCAAACAAUUUCUAAAAACACGCAAGACACUUUCAAAGGAGUUACUGUUAUCUAAAGCUACCUUUAGUGUACCUGCUAUGGAGGUCUUAAAGACAUCAUAUGAAUUAACUACAGAAUCAUUGGUAUUAUAUGAAUCUCAAGGAAAGCAUGACUAUACUGUAGAAGAUUUUAGGACUCAUCAGACUAAACAACGUCAAAAGGCUAGUACUGCUUUUACAACUUGUAUAGAACAUAUUGAGACUAUUGUUGUAAAGUUGAUUGAAGUCAUGAAACAAAAAGCUGAUGUUCCUGAUCUCAAUACAAGAGAGGCAUUAGAACAAUAUUUACUUGCCAACGCUAUUGUAACAGGAACGAAAACACUACGCUCUCAAAGAAAGAUGAAGUCUAUGCAUGAUGCUAGAGAAGAACAAUAUCAAAGAAUGAAAGAAUUAAAAAGAAGUAUGGUAGAAUAUACUAAACUUGAUGAAUUUAUUCGUCUGGUAGAUUGUAUAGCAUCUGAAACCAUAUUUCGAGCUGUUCUAUUGGCUGUACAGACAUUAUUUAAUACUCUUCGUCAUCAAGGAGGUCAAGAAUUACGAUCUAUUGGUUUUCAAGUUUUAUUGGUACCUACUCAGUCUGAGAUGAUUUUUAAUCCUUCUGAAAAUUCUAUUCGAGGAGCUUGUAUGGAAGUUAUUGCAGGAUGUAUGGAAGUAGCAAGUUCAACCUUACGUUUAUGCAAUCAAAAACAAAUGAAACCCCAUUUUACGAAGGUACCUCGUGUUUGGAAUAUGGGUAGUGAACUUAAACAUGAUGCUCGUAUGAAUUACCUUCAAUCAAGUAUCUUACAAUUGGUAACUCAGGAUUAUGCACAAGCUAAUACAAAGAUGCAAGUUUAUGCUAUUACCUUACCUCAUAUUCACUUCCUUAAAAAGGAAUGGAAUGAUAUAUUGAGUGAAUGGGAAGAAGAAACAGGAGAGAAACCUUUAUCUUCUAUUGGAUUGUCUAAAUUGUACUCAAAAUUACAAGAGGCUCAUGAUGCUCUACGAGUGUUAAUGGCCUCUUUUGUUGGUCAUAUGUUAUGGAUUAAUGCUGCCAAGUUAAAGACUGAAAUAGAACCACGUAUGCGUAUUAUACGUGAUGGUAUUGAUGCAACACUUCGGACUAUUACAAGAGAUACUAUCGCAUCACUUCAUACUUACUUUAAGCAAAAGAAUCAACUUCUUAAUGAACGUCCUGAAUCACUUCCUGAAUUUGCUCAAUUUGUUGCAAAUUACAAAACUAUUUUGAAUGAAGCAGCAGAUACAGAAGCUAAAGUUGCACAAGCAGAUGCUCUUUGUGAGUUAAUGGAACGUCAACAAGUUGAAUUCUUAGAAGAUGAAGAUAAACAACUUAAGGAGAGAACAUUAGGGAAUUCUGGUACAUCAGUCUCUCUUCGAAUCCUCUUUGACGAAGCACGUCUUCAUGCUGAAGAAUUUAUAGAAGAGAAUAUGCCUACUCAUAUUCAGACCUUACAAGAAACUGUAAGCAAUGUAGAGGAUGAAUGCCUCGGAUUAAAACAGAUUCUUUCUGGAGAUGAGUUUAUUGCUCUUACAGAUAAUAUUAAACCCAUUAUUGAGUAUCUAGAUGAUAUCAAAGUUAAGCUUGGUGAUGUUGAGGAAAGUGAAAGACAGCUUACACAGUAUGCAAAAUUAUUUGAUAUUCCUGCAAUUGAUUGGUCAUGUCUUAGUACUAUGACCCAUUUGCUUAAUGUACGUUAUGAUACAUGGACUCUUCUUGACAAAUUUGUAAACUGUAAAGAUGAAUGGUUUACUUCUUCUGUAAAAGAACUUGAUACUCGUACUAUGGAAGAUCAAAUUAACUUAAUGAUUCGACAAUCAGGUGCACUAAAUAGAUUGAUUCAAGAGAAGGAUUAUGAAGAUGAGGUGGUACCACAUCUUUUAAUGGAACUUCAAGCACUUCGUACUAUAAUGCCAGUUGUACACGAUUGCGGUAAUAAGCAUAUGACUUCUACACAUUGGAAUAUUGUCUUAAAAGCUGCUACUGGUGCUGAAAAUCGAUAUCAUGAAGGUAUAAACUUACAAACUCUGCAUGAUUUUAACAUUUUGGAAUUUAAAGAUAUUCUUGCAGAACAAUCUGGUUUUGCUACCGGUGAAUGGAAGAUUGUAAAUGAUCUUGAUAAGAUUAAGAAUACAUGGAAUGCAAUUUCAUUUGAGACUAAACCAUAUAAAAAUCGUGAUGGAGUUUUCAUUUUAGAUCAACUUGAAGAUGUUAUUCAACAAUUAGAUGAUCAUCAAAUUGAAUUACAAACUAUUAUGGCCUCUCGAUUUGUAGCACCUGUUCGUGAACGUGUAGAAGAAUGGAUUCGUAACCUUCGUCUCUUAGGUGAUGUUAUUGAUGAAUGGAUAACACUUCAGAAGAGUUGGAUGUAUUUGGAAUUCAUUUUUUCUUCAGAUGAUAUCAAAGCUCAACUUCCUGAAGAAAGUGCACAGUUUAAUGAAGUAGAUGAUUUAUUUCGAACAUUAACUAUGAAAGCAUAUACUUUGAAAAAUGUUUAUCAAAUUUGUAUUGAAGGUGGUCUUUUAGAUCAUUUAAAAGAGAGUAAUGCAAAUAUUGAUCAUAUUCAGAAGAAACUUGAAGACUAUCUUGAAACAAAACGUGCUGCAUUCCCACGUUUCUACUUUCUUUCAAAUGAUGAAUUACUUUCUAUUCUUUCAGAUGUUCGUAAUCCCAAAGCGGUUCAACCACAUUUAUCAAAAUGUUUUGAUUCUAUUGCAGCUUUGGUUUUUGGUGGUGAUACAAAAACUGAAAUUACAGGAAUGCUUUCAGGAGAACGGGAAGAAGUGAGUUUUGAGAAAACGGUUUAUCCAGUUGGUAAUGUAGAACAGUGGUUAUGUCAAAUAGAAGAAAUGAUGAAGGCAUCUCUGCUUAUGCAUAUGCGAAAAACAGUUGAAUCAUACCCUCAAAAAGUAAGAGAACAAUGGUUUUUUGAUCAUCCUGCACAAUGUAUUCAAGCUGUUGAUAUGGUUGUUUGGACAGGUGAAGUUGAAGAAGCUAUAGCUUCAGGAACCUUAGAUAUUUAUCAUGAAUCUUAUCAAGGACAAAUUCUUCGAACAGUUGAUCUUGUAAAGCAAUCUUUAUCAAAGUUACAGAGAACUCUUGUUUGUACCUUAAUUGUGCUUAAUGUACAUAAUCGUGAUAUUGUACAAACACUUCAUGAAAGCAAAGUAGUAUCAGCUCAAGAUUUUGCAUGGGCUCAACAAUUACGUUAUUAUUGGGAAUCAACUGAUACUGUAAAAACAGGAAUGAGUGUUGGAAUUCGUCAUUGUGGUGCACAUUUGUGGUAUGGUUAUGAGUACCUUGGAAAUCAACCUCGUCUUGUCAUUACCCCUUUAACCGAUCGAGCCUUUUUAACUUGUACAAAUGCUUUAGCAAUGAACCUUGGUGCUGCUCCACAAGGACCUGCAGGUACUGGAAAAACAGAAUCUGUUAAAGAUUUAGGAAAAGCAUUAGCAAGACAAGUUGUUGUUUUUAACUGUUCUGAUGGUAUUAAUUAUAAAACUAUGUCUCGUAUGUUUGCUGGAUUAGCUCAAGCAGGAGCAUGGGCAUGUUUUGAUGAGUUUAACCGUAUAGAAUUGGAGGUACUUUCUGUUGUAGCUCAACAAAUGCUUGAUAUCACUACAGCUCUUGCCCAAUAUUUGGAUCAAAUGAAUUUUGAUGGUCAUCAGAUUAAAUUAAGUAGAAAUUUUGGAGUUUUCGUUACUAUGAAUCCAGGAUAUGCUGGACGUACAGAAUUACCAGAUAACUUAAAAGCACUAUUUCGUCCAAUAUGUAUGAUGAUACCAGAUUAUGCUCUUAUUGCAGAAAUUAUGUUCUAUUCAGAAGGUUUUGCGGAUGCCAGAACAUUAGCACGAAAAAUGGUACAACUUUAUAAACUUAGUUCUGAACAAUUGUCAAAGCAAGAUCAUUAUGAUUUUGGUAUGCGUGCUGUUAAAUCUAUUCUUGUAUUAGCAGGUGGACUUAAACGUCAAAGCCCUAAUGAUGAUGAAGAUAUGCUCUUAAUUCGUGCUAUGCGUGAUGCUAAUGUUCCUAAGUUUCUUCGUGAAGAUACUGUUCUUUUUAUGGCUUUAAUAAAAGAUCUUUUUCCUACUAUAAAAAUUGAAGAAACACCAAAUGAUCUUUUAUUACGCUAUGUAAAAGUAGAAAUGGAAAAGAAAGGUUUACAAAUAGUGGAUGGAUUAGUUACCAAAUCCUUACAACUUUAUGAUACCCUUGUUGUCAGACAUGGUGUGAUGUUAGUAGGACAAACCUUUAGUGGAAAAACGACUAUUAUGCGAAGUGUUCAAGGUGCGUUAACCCAAAUAAAAGAAGAUGGACAUGAUGCAGAAGGUAAUACUCCUCUAUUUAAUCGUGUACAUAUUCAUUUACUGAAUCCAAAAUCAGUUACAAUGGGUGAAUUAUAUGGUCAAGUAAAUGAAAUUACACGUGAAUGGACAGAUGGUAUUAUUAGUAAUAUUGCACGAAGUAUUACACGAGAAGCACAAGAAUCAGCAGAUCGUCAAUGGAUUGUCUUUGAUGGACCUGUAGAUGCUAUUUGGAUUGAAAAUAUGAAUACUGUACUGGAUGAUAAUAAAUUACUUUGUUUAUUUAAUGGUGAACGUAUUAAACUUCCACCUACGGCAACUUUUAUGUUUGAAGUACAAGAUUUAGCAGUUGCAUCACCUGCUACAGUUUCUCGUUGUGGUAUGGUUUUUACAGAGCCAUAUUAUGUAGAUGGUGGACGUGGAUGGAUUCCAAUUGCUAAGACCCUUGUAGAACAGAAAGCUGCACAAUUUCCAAAAUUUCUUGCAGGAAGAGUGAAUGAACUUUUAGAGCGUCUUCUUCCCAUGACAUUAAACUUUAUACGAAAAGAAUGUCGUGAAUGGAUUGUUUCAGUAGAUGCUCAAUUAGCAGUAUCUUGUAUUGAGCUACUGGCUGCUUUUAUACGUACAUUGGAUGAUGAAAGUUUGCUCCCACCAGCGUUACGAUCACCAGAGAGUCAAACAAAAUCGGAUGAACAAGAAGAAGAUAUUUUACCUCCUGUUGCUGCAAGAACAUCUUCUUAUGUUGUUCCUAUAGCGAGUGAACCAGAACAAUUUGCUUCUCCUGCUAUUACAACUGAAAUUGUUUCCACAAAUGAUGAGACUUUAUUUGAUAUGUACUUCCUUAUGGCUUUUGUAUGGUCUGUUGGAGGUAAUCUUCGUGAUGAUUCUCGUGAAAUGUUUAGUAAAUUUAUAAAAGAACAAUUUGUCACUAUACUUCCAGAUAAGAUUUCAAUGGAAGAUGAACUUAGUGUUUAUGAUUACGUUGUACAUAAACCAUCUAUGCAGUUUGUUACUUGGCGUCAUUUAGUUCCAACAUUCUUUUUUAAUGCAAAUUUACCAUAUUUUGAUCUUAUUGUUCCUACAUCAGAGACUGUGAGUGUUACUACUUUACUAAGAGUUCUCUCUGCGAGUUCUCGUCAUGUUUUGCUGAAUGGUAUUACUGGUACUGGAAAAUCUUUAGCAAUGAUGGACUUUGUCACUGGUACUCUUCAAGGGGAUGAUCCAGGAAGUAAGUGGGAAUAUUUUACUACUGUUCUUAGUGCACAAAGUCGGGCUCGUGAUAUUGAAGAUCGAUUGGAGGGAAAAUUAUAUAAAAUACGAAGUAAUGCUAUUGGACCAACUCCAGGGAAACAUGCAGUUUUUGUUAUUGAUGAUUUAAAUAUGCCUGCACUUGAGAAGUAUGGGGCUUCACCACCACUGGAAUUGUUGCGUCAACUCAUUACACAAGGUGGUUUCUUUGAUAAACGUAAAUCACCUGCAACCUUUAAGGAAGUACAUGAUAUGAUUAUCCUUGCUGCUUGUGGAGUACCUGGUGGAGGAAGAAAUGAAAUGACGAAACGUUUAGUUUCUCGUUUUCAUCUCUUGUGUCAACCGGCAUUUAGUGAUUUUUCUAUUCGUCGUAUUUUUGGAUGUAUUCUACAUGGAUUUCUCUCUACUUGGAAUAGCGCAGAGAUUCAGAAUCUUUCCGGUGACCUUGUUGAAGCCAUUAAACAAUGUUAUGAUCGUAUUAGUAAAGAAAAACUUCCUACACCAAAGUGUUCUCAUUAUACUUUUAACCUACGUGACUUUAGCAAAGUGGUACAAGGUAUUAUGCAGUUAUCACCUCAUAGUGCUCCUAAUCGUAAUGUUAUUUUACGUGGUUUUGUUCAUGAAGUAAGUCGUGUUUUCCAUGAUCGUCUUAUUGAUUUUACAGAUCGUCAAUGGUGGUGGAAGACAUUAUCAGUGGUAUUAAAUAAUGUUUUUCAUGAACCUUGGAAUCCGGAAUAUGAAAAUAUACUUUUUGGUGAUUAUAUGAGACGAGAUCACGCUUUAUAUGAAGAGAUACAACCUGGAGAUACUUUACAAGAAACUUUAACAGAAUAUCAAUCAAACUACACGAUUGAAUGUAAUAAAUCAGUAGAAUUGGUAUUCUUUAAAGAUGCUAUUCAUCAUAUUUCUCGUAUUUGUCGAAUCUUUCGUCAACCUCGUGGUCAUGCCUUAUUAGUAGGAAUGGGAGGUACAGGAAGACAGUCUUUAUGUAAACUUGCAGCUUUUAUAUGUGAUUUACCCGUUUAUGAAAUUUCUAUUACUCGUUCCUUUAGUAUGACAGACUUUCAUGAUCGUAUGAAAGAAAUAUUACUUGCAAGUGGAUGUAAAGAUCAACCAGUUUUAUUUUUCCUUUCAGAUUCUCAAAUUGUACGAGAAGAAAUGCUUGAGGAUGUGAAUAAUCUUCUUAACACAGGUGAAAUACCUGGACUUAUGCAGAAUGAAGAUAUUGAUCAAAUUGUAGAAUCUGUUCGUCCACUUGCAUCUGCAGCAGGUAAAAAAGAAACUCGUAAUGUUAUAUUUUCUCAUUUCGUUUCUCUUUGUCGUGAUAAUGUACACGUGGUAUUAGCCAUGUCUCCUGUUGGUGAACCAUUCCGACGUCGAUUACGUAUGUUUCCAUCCUUAGUGAAUUGUUGUACUAUUGACUGGUUUGAUCAAUGGCCAGAAGAUGCCUUAAACUCUGUUGCUACUCGUAUUUUCCAAAAUCUUUCAUUAGAUGAUGGAGUGAAAGAACGUCUUAUUAAACUUUGUGUGGCAAUUCACAUGGAUGUACAAGCACGAUCAGAAGAAUUUUAUGAAGAAUUACGUCGACGAAAUUAUACAACUCCAAGUUCUUAUCUAGAGUUACUCACAUGUUAUCGCAAGUUACUGGCAGAACAGGGUGAACAAAAUACAGAGCAAGUCAGUAGAUAUCAAGGAGGUCUUGAUAAACUUCAAAACACUCAACUCCUCGUAGAUGAAAUGAAAGAACAACUUGUACAGAUGCAGCCAAAAUUACUACAAGCUGCACAAGAUACAGAAGAAAUUAUGGCAAAAGUGAAACGAGAACAAGAAAGUGCUCAAGUUGUGCGAGCUCAAUGUGCGAAAGAAGAAGAAGUUGCCUUGGGAAUUCGUCGUGAAGCCGAUGGGAUUCGAGCGGAAUGUCAAGUAGAAUUAGAUAAGGCGAUGCCAAUUCUACGGGCGGCAGAAAAUGCCCUUGCGGAACUUCGACCGGAUGAUAUUCGAGAAGUGAAAAGCUUUCAGAAACCUGCAGCUCGUGUGGUUUUGGUAUUGGAGGCUGUAUUAAUUCUCUUGGGAGAGCGUGAUCUCAGUUGGGAACGUGCAAAGCUUGUGAUGAGUCGUAUGGAUUUUAUUAAAGAUUUACAAAACUACAAAAAGGAUGAAUUAACAGAACGUGUCGUUCGAUCUAUUCAGAAAUAUAUUCAUAAUCCAGAUUUUCAACCAGAGGAAGUGGCAAAAAGUUCUAAAGCCUGUAAGUCUCUUUCCAUGUGGGUAUUAGCUAUUAAUAACUAUUAUGAAGUUGUAAAGGUAGUAGCCCCAAAGCGAGAACGAUUAGCAGAAGCAGAGGCGAAACUUCGAGUCGCCACCGAUGCCCUUCAAGAGGCACAAGCACGACUAAAACGUAUAGAAGAUGAUAUUACAGCAUUAAAACAAACUAUGCAAGAAAAUAUUGAAAAACGUGAUAAACUGCAGAAAGAUAUUGAUCUCACUAAGGUACGACUCCAUCGUGCUGAGCAAUUAAUGAGUGGUCUUUCACAAGAACAAGGUCGAUGGGGAAGUUCUAUUGAAUUCUUACAAGAUGAAAUAGCCGGUUUACCUGGAAAAGUGGCAUUGGCUGCUGGAUUUAUCGCCUAUUUGGGACCUUUUACUGGACCAUACAGAAUUCGUAUGAUUGAAACAUGGUGGCGUAAAUGUAAAGAACUUGAAAUCCCUAUGGGAGCUCGUCCUUUUGAACUUUCAAGUAUGGUUAGUCCAGUUCAGGUUCGACACUGGGGAGCUAUGGGACUUCCACAAGAUCCAGUGAGUGUUGAGAAUGGUGUUAUUACACAUAAAUCCAUGCGUUGGUGUUUAUGUAUUGAUCCUCAAGGACAAGCUUGUAAUUGGAUUCGAGCUAUGGAGCGUGAAAAUAAUCUUCGUAUUAUUAAACUGAGUGAUCCAAAUUACAUGCGUGUGUUGGAAAAUGCCAUUCGUAUAGGUGUUCCUGUAUUGAUUGAAAAUGUUGAAGAAAGUGUAGAUGCCGUACUUGAUCCUGUUUUGCUUCGUCAGACUUAUCGUUCACAAGGACGAUUAUUACUUAAACUUGGGGAUACAGAGAUUGAUUAUGAUCCAUCUUUUAGACUGUACAUGACGAGUAAAUUACCUAAUCCACAUUACUUACCAGAAUUACAAAUUAAGGUGACAGUAAUUAAUUUUACUGUAACUCAAGGUGGUCUUGAAAAUCAACUUUUAGCAGAUGUUGUACGAUAUGAUUGUGCAGAACUUGAAGCAACUGCUAUUAAAACUGUGAUGGAUAUUGCAAAUGGUAAAAAUCAAUUAAAAGAAAUAGAAGAUCGUAUUCUUCAUUUACUAGCAUCAUCUACUGGAAAUAUUCUUGAUAAUGAACCACUUGUUCGUACCCUUAAUGAAGCUAAAGAAACAAGUGAAGCUGUAACAAAAUCACUUGAAGUUUCAGAAGCUACACAAAAAGAUAUUGAAGUAGCACGUAAUCGAUAUCGUCCAGUAGCAACACGUGGAGCAAUUAUUUAUACAGUUGUUUCUCAUCUUUCAGGAUUGGAUCAUAUGUAUCAAAUAUCUCUUGACUUUUUUAAACAAUUGUUUUUACAGUCAUUAAAACGAACAGAGAAACCAACAGAAGUGGAUGAACGUGUCGCUCUUUUAUUACCUGCAGUAACAUUAGAUUCAUAUAAUACUAUUUGUCGAGGUCUUUUUGAGAAGGAUAAACUUCUUUUUGUAGUGUUAAUGUUUGCAGAUAUAUUCCGUCAUGAAGGGGUAAUUCGAGAUGUGGAAUGGGAAUUUUUAUUAAAGGGUAGUGAAGGUAGAUCACUUGUAGAUCCUGAUGUAGAUAUUUGGCCAACGUGGUUAAAUGAGGCUGUAUGGAAUGAAUUAACUGCCCUUGCACACGCUAUACCUGAUACUUUCGGAAAUAUUAAGGAUGAAAUAUAUGAUAAUGAAGAGGAAUGGUGUAAAUGGUUUUCAAGCGAAAAGGCAUAUGAUUGGUAUCCUAAUUCUGUACAAAACUUAUCACCAUUUCAACGUUUAUUACUCUUAAAAGUAUGUCGAGAAGAUUUAACAAGUUAUGGCCUAUCAUUAGUUUGUGCACAUUAUCUUGGUAAAGCUUUUACAGAAAGUCCUCCUUUUGAUCUUGAAGCUUGUUUUGCGGAUAGUACACCAACGGCACCUAUUAUUUUUGUUCUCACUCCUGGUAGUGAUCCUACUGUGCUUUUCACAGAGUUUGCUGAUCGUAAAGGAUUUGGUGAUCGUAAGUUUACACUUUCAUUAGGUCAAGAUCAGGGACCUAAGGCAGAAGAAAUGAUUAAACAAGCCUCAAAAGAAGGAAUGUGGGUUUAUCUACAAAAUUGUCACGUGUAUGAAUCCUGGAUGCCAUCACUUGAGAGAUGUUUAGAAGUAUUACAAUCAUCCCCUAAUGUUCAUGAUGAUUUUAGACUUUGGCUUACUACAAUGCCAACACGUAGUUUUCCAGUUUUAUUAUUACAGUCUGGUAUAAAAGUUGUUAAGGAACCACCAAAGGGAUUAAAGGCAAAUAUUCGUGAUAGUUUCUCUUUGGAAGUAACACCAGCAUUAUGGAAUAGUCGAACAGAAAAUCCAACACCUUGGAGACGUCUCUUAUGCUCCUUAACAUACUUCCAUGCGGUUAUUCAAGAGAGACGAAAGUUUGGUCCACUUGGAUGGAAUAUUCCAUAUGAAUGGAAUCAAUCCGAUUUUUCUGCAAGUCUUAAUUCGUUAGCAGCAUAUAUUCCAGAAGAUAGUGAUACGCCUAUGCCAUGGAAUGCAUUACGAUAUAUGGUUGGUGUUAUUAACUAUGGUGGACGAGUUACUGACUUCCUUGAUACCCGAGCUCUUAUUAAUAUUCUUCAAGCAUUCUUUAAUGAAGAUGUUAUUAAACCGGCUCAAUUUAAUUUAACAGAAGAUGGUGUUUAUUGUAUUCCAGAAGAUGUGGAUUCUCUUGAUACUGUAAAAGAAUAUUUAGCCAAUUUACCACCUUUUGAAAGUCCUGAAUUAUUUGGUCUACACGCUAAUGCCGAUAUUGCCUACAAUCGUACUACGGCCCGUGGUCAAUUAGCAACUAUGCUUUCUGUUCAACCACGUAGUAUAGGAGUUGCAGGUAAAAGUUCAGAAGAAAAGGUUCUUGAUAUUGUGGAUGAAUUUGAACGUCGUCUUCCACAUUUAAUUGAUAAAACACAAGCAAGUCCUGAAACCUAUCAAAUUACAGAAGAUGGAUCUAUGAUUUCUUUAGGUACUGUAGCAAGUCAAGAAAUUGAUGUUUUUAAUUCAAUUCUACGAAAACUAGAACAAACCCUUCAACAGUUACGUCGUGGUAUUAAAGGUGAAGUGGUGAUGUCUGCAAAGUUAGAGGCGAUGUUUGAUGCCUGUUUACUUGGUCACGUUCCGCAGAUCUGGCAUGAUGGUGGUUACUUAUCUCGUAAACCGUUAGCCUCAUGGUUUCAGGAUACAUUACAGCGAGUGGAAUUCUUCCGUGAUUGGAAUGAUAAUGGAUUACCAUCGAGUUUCUGGAUCUCCGGCUUCUUCUUCCCACAGGGAUUUCUUACAGGUGUCUUGCAGGCCCACAGCCGUGAACAUAAGAUUCCCAUUGAUGAUAUUCGCUUUAACACGAAUGUUACUCGAUAUGAAUUGGUGGAUGAUAUUGUUACCGUGCCGACUUCUGGUGUACUCAUUCACGGUCUCUUCCUUGAAGGCGCUCGUUUUGAUAUGAAGACGAUGGCAUUAGAAGAAAGUCAUCCACGUGAAUUAUAUACAACGAUGCCAGUUAUUCAUCUCGAUCCGGUGCGAUUGAAGGAUCGUACAUAUACAGAGAAAACAUAUGAGUGUCCGGUGUAUAAGACUUCUGCACGUGCGGGUGCCUUGUCGACGACUGGACUUUCUACAAACUUUGUGGUUUCGUUGGAUCUCACAUCUAGUGAGACAUCUACACCCGAUCAUUGGAUCCGACGCGGUGUGGCUUUACUCUGCAUGCUGGAUGAUUAA